CGAUAAUUCAACAUUAUGGCAUAUCCUAUGUACGAAGUGGAUUGGAGUGUCCUGCCACCUGACCAAAAUAGAAGGUUCAACCCGGCAUUUAACAUUGCAACCAUAAAACAAGUAGUAAAUGAAGCCAUAGAGAGAGUCGCGCCGGUUUCAGUGCGGAUGCAGACGCCCACGCGGCUCAGAGAUCUGAUCCGCCAGAUUCGCGCGGCACGAACCGCCGCCGAAGAACGGAGCGUUGUUAACAAGGAGUGCGCUUAUAUAAGAUCCACGUUCAGGGAGGAGGACAGCGUUUGGAGAUGUCGCAACAUAGCGAAACUGCUGUACAUCCACAUGCUGGGCUACCCGGCGCACUUUGGCCAGCUGGAGUGCCUCAAGCUGAUCGCCAGCCCGCGGUUCACGGACAAGCGGGUGGGGUACCUUGGGGCUAUGUUGCUACUGGACGAGAGGCAGGACGUACAUCUGCUGAUCACGAAUUGUUUGAAGAAUGACCUGAACAGCAACACGCAGUUCGUAGUCGGUCUCGCGCUAUGCACGCUCGGCGCGAUCGCAUCCCCAGAAAUGGCCCGAGACCUUGCGUCUGAAGUGGAGCGUCUCAUAAAGUCGCCAAACGCGUACAUCAAGAAGAAGGCGGCGUUGUGCGCGUUCAGGAUCAUAAGGCGAGUGCCGGAUCUGAUGGAAAUGUUCCUGCCGGCAACUAGGAGCCUCUUGACUGAGAAGAACCAUGGUGUGCUUAUCACCGGCGUGACCCUCAUCACGGAAAUGUGCGAGAACAGUCCGGACACGCUUAACCAUUUCAAAAAGGAGAGCGGGCAACGCGAGAUUGUGCCGAAUUUGGUGAGAAUAUUGAAGAACUUAAUCCUCGCUGGUUAUUCGCCGGAGCACGAUGUCAGUGGUGUCUCCGAUCCAUUCCUACAGGUGAAAAUCCUUCGUCUCCUCCGGAUACUGGGCAAGAACGACGCGGAAGCGUCCGAAGCGAUGAACGACAUCCUCGCCCAGGUCGCGACCAACACGGAGACGAGCAAGAAUGUCGGCAACACGAUAUUAUACGAAACUGUGCUUUCUAUCAUGGACAUUAAGUCGGAGAGUAGCUUGCGCGUGCUCGCCAUCAAUAUACUGGGACGGUUCUUGCUGAAUAAUGAUAAGAAUAUAAGAUAUGUGGCGUUGAACACGCUGCUGAGGACGGUACACGUGGACACGUCUGCGGUGCAGAGACAUAGGACGACUAUAUUGGAGUGUUUAAAGGAUCCCGACGUGUCCAUCCGGCGGCGGGCUAUGGAGCUGUCGUUCGCGCUGAUCAACGGGCAGAAUAUACGCGCCAUGAUGAAGGAGCUGCUGGUGUUCCUGGAGCGGUCCGACGCAGAGUUCAAGGCGCACUGCUCCAGCGCGAUGGUGCUGGCGGCCGAGCGGCAUGCGCCGAGCAGCAAGUGGCACCUGGACACGCUGUUCCAGGUGCUGCUGAAGGCGGGCAACUACCUCCGCGACGACACCGUGUCGAACACCAUCCAGAUAGUGUCCGCGGCGCCGGGCGAGCGGCAGGCGUACGCGGCCAUGCGGCUCUGGAUCUCGCUCGAGCGCGCCGCCGUCUGCGGCGACGCCACCGAGAAGCAGCCGCUCGUGCAGGUUGCGGCUUGGACGAUAGGAGAGUACGGAGACAUGCUGGUCUCGGAAGCCAGUAACGCCAUAUCUAUGGUAGACGACGACGGAGUCGACGAGUUCAGCCGGCCGUCCGAGGAGUACGUGAUCGACGUGUACCAGAAGCUGUUGUGGUCGACGCAGCUGUCGAUUACCACCAAGGAGUUCCUGCUGCUGUCGCUGGCCAAGCUCUCCACCAGGUUCACCACGCAGCCGAGUCAGGAUAAAAUCCGCGUGAUCAUAGACACGUUCGGCUCUCACAUACACAUCGAACUGCAACAGAGAGGUGUCGAGUUGUCACAGCUGUUCAGGCAGUACGCGUCGCUGCGGCCGGCGCUGCUGGAGCGCAUGCCGGCGAUGGAGGCGGGCGCGCCGCCCGAGCGGGACGACAGCGACGCGGAGCCCGAGCCGGCGCUCGCCGCGCCGCCGCCCGACCAGGACGCCCUAUUGGAUCUCAUCAUCGGCUCGGAGCCGCUGUCCAAUGGUGACGUGGAACACGCAGCGCCCGCCGCCAACAACAACACUACUACCAAUGACAUUCUCGAUCUACUGAGCGGUCUCGACCUGAGCGCGACUAGCACUAUGCCCGCGAGCGCGCCCGUGAGCGGAGUAAGCGCAAUGAGCGGUGUCAGCGGCGUGAGCAGCCUCAAUAACAAUAUGGCGCCCUCUUUGCUAGAUGGACUGUUUGCCUCGCCAUCUGCUGUCACUAAUGCUGCGCCCUCGGAGACGAUAGUAACGGCGCUGGAGCGCAACGGCCUCCGCGUGGAGCUGCACGUGCGGCGCGGCGGCGAGACGGCCGCGAUCACGAUGCGCGCGCACUCCACCGCGCCCGCCGCCAUCACGGACUUCCUCUUCCAGGCCGCUGUGCCGAGGACAUUCCGACUGGACAUGAUGUCGCCGUCGGGCAGCGUGCUGACGCCGCAGGGCGAGAUCACGCAACUGCUCAAGGUCACCAACCCCUCCAAGACUCCACUCCGUCUCCGGAUAAGGGUGUCGUACACGAUCGACGGCAACCCGGUCCUGGAGCAGGCGGAGGUGAACAACUUCCCCCCGGACCUGUUCAACUGACGCGCGGCCCUCUGUCUCUAGCGGCCCGCGGAGCAAGGCCCACGGGACACAUGACCCGCGGGGCAUGGCCCACGGGACACAUGACCCACGGGACAUACGACCCGUGGGUCAUGGGCCACACGGAUAGAGUCACACUCGGCCUACGAAACUUGGCCCGUGCGCCCCGUGGACCAUGAGACACUCGGCCCAUGAGACAAGUGGCCCACGGGACACAUGCACCCACGAUAGAAGGCAUACGAUAAUUAUUACCGGUUUGGAGGGAUGCACGGACAAACAGACAGUGUUAGAUAUUUUUGUGAUUAUUGUUAUAUAUUAUUCUGGUGUUGAAAAUUAGAAAUGGAAGGGAAAUUGAGUCAAAACUCAAAAUAUUUAAAGAAGGUUAGUCAUUGUAUUUAAUUGAUAAAUACAAGAUGUUGAAACACCAAUUCUCUUUAUUGUAAUCAUUGUUAAUACCCCAAAAUUAUGGCUACAUAUGACUGAAUAAUAUAUCAUUCACAAAAUUAUCUUACGCCCAAUGUAUAGUGAUGCCUAACUGUAUAAUUGGUAGAUGUUAGUCGCUAUGUGGUAUGGCUGCUUUAUAUAUUGUCAUUUUAAGUUUAUUAACAAAGCACCUAACAUAUAAUAACAUAAAUUAAAAGAAAAAUAAAUAACAAUUUCAAAACAUUUUAUAUAACCUAUAUUUUAACUUCUGAGUCCAAAUGUUCGUAAGAAAUUCGAAUUCUUUGAUGAUUCAGAAACGGCUAAAUAAAUAUAUUGUCUAUUUUUUAUGUGGAAAUUAUGUUCAUAAUUUAUCUAUGCUAAAUGUAUAUUAUAGCAGCCAUACAAACAAACACGCUGUACAAAUAGCGGUUGGCCAUAUUGGCUUGUGGGUCGUUCCUUAAGCUGCAAUUUGAGAAAUUAGACACAACCGUAUGUAAUAUAGUGGUGAAAGAUAGUUAUCGGUAAUAACGUCACACUUUAAAUAAUACUAACGUAACAAUCCCUUAUAAAUUCUCAUUUAAAUAUGGUAUCCCACUUCCAUCUUUUUUCUACGAGAUUUAAUGGGAAUUUUUCAUAUAUUUUCACUUAUUUAUAUUAUUAAUUUCUUUGUGAAUAUCUUAUUGCUACUAAUGCUCGCUAAAAGAUUGUUAAAUAGUAAAUAUGACAAAUAAUUUUUAUAAACAUGCAGUGAUAUACAACAAAUUUACUGCUUUUCUAUAUAAAUACUAUAAUGAAAAGAUUUUUUUUGAAUUUUCGUUUCUAAUAAUUGCGCUUAUAAUAAAACUGGAACCCAUUAUUUAUUCCGAAGUUUCGACUAUUUAAUGUGUGACGUCGUUUAUAGAUGACCUAAGGCCUGAAAACACAUAGAUAUUUUUCUAGGUUAACACUUAAAUUCUAAGUUUAUGUGUUUUUCAGGCCGUACUUAGAGAUUCGUUUAACAUUCCACUUUAGAUAAAUACUAAAAGACUUAUUCAUUCGUGUGACUGGGGCCCAUUGUGCGGACGUGGUCUUUCUAUUAAUUCCUCAAACAACAAUAUAAUAUUAUUUUUUAUAAAUUUUUCAUACAACUGACUUUAAAUUUGAAUGUAAAUGGUUCUUAAAUUUUUGUUCGCAAUCGCGAGUAUGAUAAAUUAUGACUUUUAAAAUCGUCAUCAUUCUUAUUGCUAAAUAUAGUUGAAAACAGAAGGAUUAUUUAUGAAAAACAUUAUGGGAUUCAAUUGUCAGUAUUAUUCAAAUCUCAUACAACUUACCGCAAAAAAUAUAUGCAGGAGCUGCAAAAUGAAAAUUAUCUUCGUUCAAAUGGUACAGGACUGGCAUUUUUAUGUUUGCUUUAAUUUCCAUAAAAUUUACUUACCGCAACGUAAAUAAAUGUAUAACGAAAAUGGAUUAAAAAAAGAUUUUUUAAUCCAUUCGGUUUUUGGUUGGUAACCUUUAGGUAAAGAUUUAUUUCAACAUGGGCUAAAACAUCUGUUAUGUAUAUAGGGAAGAUGUGUAUAAUAAGAUGUAUAGUAAGGCAGGAUUGAUUGUAUGUGAAUUGUACUUAAUAUCAUAUUUUAUUUAAGAUUUCUAACAUCAUUAAAAAUUACGUGCCCUAAACUAAUGUAGUAAAUAUGAAAUAUUUAAUUUAUCUUAUAGUAUUUCUCAAAUUUGAUUUAUGCAUUUUAUGAUAUUCAUUUAAUUAGUCAUUAUUUUAAUUUUAAUGCUUGACCAUAUUUGAGGGUUGUAGAAUCACUUCCAAUCAUCCUCUAUCGAUUACAAUAGAUUUUUAAAUUGUCAGUAUAGUUUUACAAAAUGUUUUAUCUGCUGUCAAUUCUAUUAUUGAAAUAGUACUGUUCCUUUAAAAGAAAGUUUUUUAUUCAGCGACAAUGUAAAUAGAUAAUGCAUAUAUGUAAGAGUAUAGUUAGAGACCGUUAACGCUACCCUGAGCCCAUCUUUCAUGUUUUGGGACAUAACGUAAGUGCUUAUUAUUUUGUUAUUUAUGUUAGCCACUAACCAGCACAUUAUAUUGAGAUAUUUAUAUAAAAUAAACACGUGUUCGCACGACAGUUUUAUUUUUUAGUUACAUUUAUUUUUCCAUUAUAAAGAGAGCUUCGCAAAAGAUACAUAAUAUAUCGCAAUUUGGUGCUUCAUUUUAUCUAAGUAUCUAACUAGAAGGCCCUCCACGAUGUGAGAUGAUUUAGCGCUAUGUGAGAGAUGUACAUAAUAAUGAUUUUAUGUAAAUUGGUUAAUAAAUAUUUGAGAAUGUUUAUAUAAUCA